UUUCAUGUCGUCGUUGUCACUCUCGUUAUCUCACUUAUGUGAGCGUCGCCGUUUCUCUUUAUCUUCUCCUCUCUUAACCAGCGACAAAUGCUAAUAAUCGAGAAUGGAUGGGAAUGAUUCUGUAGAUCCAAAACAGGACACUUCUGAUAUGGCAUUUUUCGUUCAGAAUCUACUUCAACAAAUGCAAUCAAGAUUCCAAACAAUGUCGGACUCCAUCGUAGCGAAGAUUGAUGAGAUGGGCGGCAGGAUAGACGAGUUGGAGAAAAACGUCAAUGAACUCAGAACAGAGUUGGGUGGAGAGAACUCUCCCCCUUCGGUUCCUCUUGCGGCUAAAGAUGAUUCCAAUUCCCCGAGUGGGUCAUAACUGUGUUCUGUGAUAACUUGAAGGAUUUUGGCAUCUAAAUCCAUGGUAUUUCUAGACUCUAUUGCAUUUGGUACCUGAUUUUUCUCAUGGAAAACCUGAAUUAUGCUAGUAUUUUUAAUCUAUACAUAUUCUAAAACUAGACUCGGGUUUAAGUAUCGAAUGUAUAUGUUCAUUUUUUUUCAG